AAGCGAACUCGGAGAGUGGCAAUAAUAAAAGAAAACGAACGGUGGUGAUAGGUCUCAUUCUGUAAUCUCAAUCGUCCUCCUCCUUCCUUUCUUCUCCAGCGUCCGAUUCUCUCUCCAUUCUUACCGAUCUACGCUCGCGCCAAAUACAAACAUAAUAUUCAGGGUUCCGACGAUAUGUCCGAAACUCCGGCGAGUCCUGGCGGCGGCAGCCACGAAAGCGGCGAACACAGUCCUCGUUCCAACAUCCGUGAACAAGACCGUUUCCUUCCUAUCGCCAACAUCAGCCGCAUCAUGAAAAAAGCUCUUCCUGCUAAUGGUAAAAUCGCUAAAGAUGCUAAGGAAACCGUUCAGGAAUGCGUCUCCGAGUUCAUCAGCUUCAUCACCAGCGAGGCCUCUGAUAAGUGUCAGAGAGAGAAGAGGAAGACGAUUAACGGUGAUGAUUUGCUUUGGGCGAUGGCUACUUUAGGGUUUGAGGAUUAUAUUGAUCCUCUUAAGAUUUACCUUACAAGAUACAGAGAGAUGGAGGGUGAUACUAAGGGCUCUGCCAAGGGUGGAGACACAUCUGGCAAGAAAGACGUUCAACAAGGUUCUAAUCCUCAGCUUGUUCAUCAAGGUUCUUUCUCACAAGGUGUUUCCUACACAAAUUCUCAGGGUCAACAUAUGAUGGUUCCUAUGCAAGGUCCAGAGUAGGUAAUAAGCCAAUUGAUCUUCUCACAGUGGUUGCGGUGUUUUCAGUUCGGUGCUGGUAGAGCUUUACUAAAUGCCGUCGGCAUAAUUGAAUGUAUUUCAUGUAAUGUUAAUACUGGCAUAAGACACAUUGGUUCUUGUGUCCUGAUUUUUUUUCUCUCUAAAAUUAUGGUUUGUAUAUUAUGUGUGGAGUAAAAUUAUUUAUUUCAAAGUUACAUUUGUAAGUGCUGGACCCAUGUUAGUCUUGAUUCCUUCUGGCGGCUUGGCAAAGGCUUAAGAAUUUAGGUAGCUGAUUGUAAGCAUAAAUUGGUAUAUUUUUUCGAUCCUUAUUUUGGUGUACAAUAAUGGAUGAAGAUGUUUGGGUUUUUUUUUUUGGA